GCCAGACACGAUGACCACUCUUCGUCUUGGGCAAACGCCCUCCCGUGAUGACUUGCUGGACAUGGAGCUCGGGGGGGAGCAGCUGGCAUUGUGGCAGAGCUUGAUCCCGUUGUUGCUCAUGGAGGGGCCCGAUGUGUGGCCGGCCAUUGAGAAGGAGGUGCACGGCUGGAUCGAGAAGGUGGGCAUGGCUGGCAAAGGCUUUGACGUGGCUGACGCUGAGCUUGGGGCUGAGGCUCACGAGACUUGGAUGCUCAAGCAGGACCUCGCGAAGCAGCAGCAAGAGCUACAGCGCCUCAGCGGGGAGAAUGAGAGAAAACUCACGACCAUGCAGAACGCGGUGGCCAAGAUGAAGUGCAGGCUGAGCCUGCAGCGCCUAAAUCCGGAAGAUCUUGCGGAAAAGCUGCGAGGCCUCGAGGAGUGGGAGGAUAAGAAAAUGGGAGAUAUUGUCGCGGAGGAGACCGAAGGCAAUGCGAAGGUGAAGAGCAUGAUCGAGAAGAUUGGCUUGCAGGUGGAGAAGCUGGCGCGCAAGGCCAUAGUGGCCUACCAUCGUGACACAGGGUGCCCUGACCCUGAGCCUGAGAACGCCGAGGAGCUCGAGUUUAUGGGUGAGUUGGAAGCGCUUUUUGAGCCGGACCAGCCAACACCAAGCCUGAGUGUGGAGGAGCCAACACCAAGCCUGAGCGUGGAGGAGCCAACUGGCCUGAGCGUGGAGGAGCCAACUGCAAGCCUGAGCGUGGAGGGGCCAACUGCAAGCCUGAGCGUGGAGGAGCCAACUGCAAGCCUGACCGUGGAGGAGCCUGAUCUGGCCCCAUCCGGAGCUAUGAGCCCUCCGAGCCCACGUCAAGCGGCCUUCGAGAAGAUCCGUAUGCUGCCGGACAGUGAGGCCAAGUCUGCCAUGAUGAGCUUGCUGGAAGCCCAGAUCAAG